CGAAUUUCAAGUUUUCUUCAAUGAUCAUACCCCAAAUGAUUUUAACUUGCUCUUCAAAUCCCUCCCUCCCAACAGGCAAUACUAUGCUGUGGGAGUUCCAGGUUCUUUCUACGGCCGCCUAUUCCCUAGUGCUUCAAUUCACUUGUUUCACUCUUCUUUUGCUCUUCAAUGGCUUUCUGAAGUACCAAAAGUUUUAGAGGACAAAAACUGUCCGGCUUGGAAUAAAGGACGGAUUCAUUACCUCAGUUCGACUGAUGAAGCAGUAAGGGCUUAUAAAGCUCAAUAUGCUAAGAACAUGGAGUCUUUUCUGCAUGCUAGGGCACAAGAACUUGUGUAUGGAGGACUAAUGGUACUUAUCAUUCCUGGCUACCCACAGGGUACCCCUCUUUCUCAUUCUGUGGCAUAUUUGACCUUACGACUCAUAGAAGCCUGUCUAAUUGACAUGGUUAAAAAGGGAGUAAUUAGCGAAGAGAAACUAUAUUCAUUCAACAUACCAAUGUAUUCCAUGUGCCCCCAAGAACUGGAGGCAGUUGUAGAACAAAAUGGAUCUUUUAGCAUAGAGACAUUGGAAACAUUACCUCGUGUUUUAGCUGAUGAUGCUGUCUUAAAUGCAAAACAAUUUGCAGCUCAUGGGAGAGCCGCUUUCGAGGGACUCAUCAAACAGCAAUUUGGAAAAAAAAUCACAAAUGAGCUCUUCGACUUGUAUGGCAAGAAACUCGAGGAAGAACUCUCCAUGUUUAAGCCAAGGAAGACAACUAGCUUUCUUGUCGUGCUUAAGCGCAAGGAAAAAUAAUUUGCACAUGCUGCUUCAAACAAGGAUUAUGAUCCUGUGACUCCAUCAAUAUCUUGAAAACCAAUGUAUCUGGUUUUACUUUUGAGACAUGAGAAUAAAAAGAGAAUAGAUGUGUACACUUUAGUUUAAGCACAGUUUGUAUAUAUGUUAUCAA